AAAAAAACAAAUGUUUGAUUAUACAAUUUUCCCUAAUAAUGGAUAGUGCUAAUGAAGAUUUAUAUUUCCAAAAACUCGAAGAAUUCGUUCGAGACGAAGAUAAAAUAGUUACUAUUCCCUACUUAUCGAGGAAUUUAAACAUUUCGAUACAAGAAUCUCAGGAUAUACUCGCUAAAUAUUUAAAGGAUCAACGUAAAUUGGAGCCUAAAGAACUCAAAGCUACUUAUAUAGUAACCGGGAAUGUUAAAGACAAGGGAAGAGGUGUGUACUUCGUGAAAGAGGAUGAAUUAAAAGACAAGAGGGCCCUGUUCGAUAAGAUUGAUAGUGAGGUAUUGUUUAGCCUACAGAAAACCCAGCAAGUUGAUUUUCAUGUAAUAUCUUUAGUUAAUGAUGUAGCUGAACCUUCCGAUGAACCCUUAUUGGGCUCGGUGAUUGGCAAAAACUGCGUUAAAAGAGCCCUAAAGGUGAAGAAGCUCCCGACUCCACCUCCCAGCACAGUGAAAGGAAAGUCCUCCGCUUUCUUACCGAAAACCGAUAGUUCCAGUUCGAAUGAAAACACCCGAAAGCAAGAACCGAAGCCCAAAAAUGAAAUCUCCAGCACGCUGGAUAAACCCGCCAAAACCCAAACUACCAAGGACAAACAGCCAACGAACGUCUCCAACAAAUCGAAAGGGGUACUCUCGUCGUUCCUGUCGAAAACUUCCAGCUCUUCGAGCGUAAAAACCGAAAAAGAUAAAUCGAUUUUCAGCAGCCAAGCCAGCGAGAUCGAGGAAUUGAUGGAGGUCGAUUUCCAAGAAGAUUUCGACGAAAACACUAACGCGAUCGAAGAAACCGCGAAGAAAGAGGCCAAAACAUCGAACAAGAAGAAAAGGCAGAGGGAAACGAGCGGAGACAAAUCGGGGAAGAAAAGAAAGAGGAUAAUCGAACGAAACGGUUCAGAAAGCGAUGAUAUGUUUGAGAAAGAUGAGAGCGAUAUUAUCGGAGUAUCGGACAACGAACAAGAGAGAAUACCAUCACCUGUCGCUACUAAACCUCUCGCAGCCAAAAAUAAAAUUAGGAAAGCUGUGGAAAAUAGUUACAUGGACGAAGAAGGUUUCGUGGUAACAAAAACUGAGUACGUGUACGAAACUGCGAUGGAAGAUGAUAAUAAGGAAGUAGUAAGCGAAGUAAAGAAAGAGACGAAACCGAAGCUGGAAAAGAAGACUUCGUCGGAGAGCGAUAAUUCUACCAAAAAUUCGAAGGGCAAGAAAGGCAAGAAGAUGAACAUGCAAAACCAGCCGACUUUGAUGAGCUUUUUUCAGAAGAAAUAGCAAUUAAUAGUUAUUAAAUUUACUUAAUCUUUAAGGAUACAUCAAGUAUGAUUUUUAAAAUCGGGGUUUUUCUUUAUUUUUCCGACUCGCUAACGAACUGUACAUAUCUAACUAACAUUGGCUGUUUAUUUUUACGUUUUUGUAAUAGGCCGAUGAAAUCGGAGUGCCCAAUCCAGUGCUUAAUUCCACCGUAGGUUUCUCGCCGUCUUUCGCCACUCUGUAGGUCUUUUUUAAGCUGGUUUGAUUGUAAAAUAUUUCUAAUUUAGGUUCUUCGCUUGUCCUGCCUUUACUCUCUUGGUUUCUUAUUAGUAAUUCUUUGAGUAACGGCGGAAAUUCCAUGGUUUUCGGCAGGAUUUUCGUGUAUUCUUUCGCCGUCGUUUUGCAAUACUGUUCUUCUUCGUCUUUGGGUAUCAAUCGAUAGUCGGAUUUACCGCUGGUGUUUUGAAUUUCGAGAGGUUCCGUGUAGGUUACUCCCCUGAAAGUGUUUUCCAUCCAAACUUUUACCAAUCUUACAUCCUACAAUAAAUACAUAAAUAAGUUGUUUUGUUGUAAUAGAAGCGUAAUAAACUUACAUCGUACGUUGGUUUUUCCGGAUUCGGGAGUGUUUCAACUUUCAAAAUUUUCAUAUAACAUUUUUCCGGGUACCUCUCGAAUCGACUUCGCACUAUAAUCCUACCGACUCCGAAAUUUUUCAGAUUUCCCACGAUUUCCCAUAGCGUUUUCCCUAGGAAAUCAGUUUUCCUUCCUAUAUAUUUGUACGGCAUUAUAAUUCUCUAUUUUUAACAA